UAUCAUAUGUUACAGACUCAAUUCCCACAUCAGUUGUGAGAAUCACUGGUGUGGGGUAUAUAGACUAAAUGGACUCUCUCUCCUAACAUGCUAGUCUUUAGGGAUGAGUUCUCUCGUUCUUUGGUGAGGGAGCUGAGAGCCACCUACGCCACAGGAAAGACGAAGAGUUUCGAGUGGCGGUCUUCGCAGCUGAAAGCUAUACAGAAGAUUGUCUCUCUUCACAGCCAGGAAAUAGUCGAAGCUUUGCGAUCCGAUCUCCAAAAACCGGAAUUUGAAGCGGUUAUUCAUGAGAUUUCUGCAGUGUCAGCAUCAUGUAAAUUGGCGUUGAAGGAAUUACAUCGAUGGAUGAAGCCACAAAAGGUGAAAACAUCAUUAAUUUCUUUGCCUUCAUCAGCCAAAAUCGUCCCAGAACCUUUCGGUGUAGUGUUAGUUAUAUCAGCUUGGAAAUUUCCAUUUCUGUUGUCACUUGAUCCGGUGGUCGGAGCCAUUGCUGCCGGCAAUGUUGUUGUCUUGAAGCCGUCAGAGAGCUCCCCCGCCAUGUCAUUGCUGCUCGCGAAGCUCGUGGGCAAGUACAUGGACGGAUCAGCUGUGAAAGUGGUGGAAGGGGCAGUGGCCGAAACCACUGCUUUGCUAGAACAAAAAUGGGAUAAGAUAUUGAGGUGGCAAGGUGGGGCGUAUCGUGCUAAGUGCUGGGGCGAAGCAUCUUACACAAAUGAUUUUGGAGCUUGGUGGGAAAUAUCCAGUGGUAGUAGAAAAGGUACAUUAAUAAUCCUCGUAUUUUGA